CCAACACAUAUUUUAUUGUAGAAAAAUACUACUACUCCACAAUGGCGGCCGCUGCACCUAAUAUUUUACUAACAUUCAGAAGUUUAACUCACAAACACCACACUCUCUCUCCCCACCAAAACAAUGGCGGCCGCUGCAGCGAUCUCAACACCACCCACUUUCAAUCUCUCCUCAUCUCCCUCCCGAAACCCUAAUUCGUCUUCUCUCUCCCACCUCAAGCUCACCUCCUGCAAUGUCAAUCUAUCAAUCUCCUACUCCCAAUCCCAAUCCCUCAAGCUCGACCGUAAUUCCCGAUUCGUAACCGCCGCCGCUUCCCCGUCCUCGGCCUCCCCCGCCGCUAACGCUACCAACUCAUUCCACGGCCUGUGCUACGUCGUCGGAGACAACAUCGACACCGACCAAAUCAUCCCCGCCGAGUACCUUACCCUCGUCCCUUCCAACCCCGACGAGUACGAAAAGCUCGGCUCCUAUGCCCUAAUCGGACUACCCGCCUCAUACGGUGCCCGAUUCAUCGACCCCGGGGCCACUAAAACCAAGUACUCAAUCGUGAUUGGCGGCGAUAACUUCGGUUGCGGCUCGUCCCGUGAGCAUGCUCCCGUGGCGCUGGGAGCAUCCGGCGUGGCGGCGGUGGUGGCGGAGUCGUACGCCAGGAUCUUCUUCAGGAAUUCGGUCGCCACCGGAGAGAUUUAUCCGUUGGAAUCGGAGGGGAGAUUGUGCGACGAGUGUACGACUGGGGAUGUGGUGACUAUCGAGCUUGGUGAGAGUAAGCUCAUCAAUCAUACCACGGGGAAAGAGUAUAAGCUAAAGCCCAUCGGGGAUGCCAGCCCUGUCAUCGAGGCCGGUGGGAUCUUCGCAUAUGCCAGGAAAGCUGGGAUGAUCCCUUCUCGCGAUGCCUGAAACACUUUUCCGGUAUCAUCUCAUCCUGGCUUCUUUAUGAGUCUUGAGAAGAGGCAAUUGACAUUGUGAAGAAUAAUGUGUACUUGUAGUGUGAUAGGUGAUGCAUGCUUCUUUGUGUUGCUUUAGUUUUAGUGGUUGAAUCAAAAACUUAUUAUCUGUGCUGUGCUGUGCUGUAUUGAGAUCAAGUUCCUGUAAGGCUGUUUGCUGCAUUAAACAAUCACGUUUGCUUC